AUGGAUUUAACUGCAAGCAUUGCCGUACGGAAUUCACAAGAACCUAAUGAAUCUCAAUCAAAAUUUGCCGUUCUCGUGGAAUUCCAUUGCCAGACUUUUGAACGCGAGGUAGACUAUGGUGAUGAUGGGCAGUUUCGAGUUAUAACGGAAGAUCCCGAGUCGAAGAUAUCAAGUGUUACUUGUGUUGAUUUUGCGAUACCGCGUAACGAGUUAAAACAAUUUCUUCUGGUGGAAUUAGAAAAUUACGACAUAAAAUGCAAGGAAUUUGAAGAAAACAUUGUCGAUCAGUUAUAUGAUUAUGCGCAGAUGGUGCUUAAAAAGAGCCGGGACUUUUCUCUAGUUGUCACGAUAGAGCAAUUUCUUGAUUACAUUGUAGACCUGUCGGAUGAGGGUAACGGUCUCGACAUGGUACCCGCGAGCACAGAGGCAAUCACAUCUCUACCAAGGAAGAAGAUGGACUACAAGAUCGAUGAAGUUGAGAUCGAGAGUUGUACAAUAUGCUUGGAAAGGAUCUCGACGGGGUCAUUGGUUUCAACACUCACGUGUUUCCAUAUUUUUCACGAUAGUUGCAUUUCAGAAUGGCUAAAGAGAAGCCAUUAUUGUCCUAAUUGUCGCUUUGAGAUGCCGAUCACAGGAGUCGAUGAUUUGGUAGCAGAUAGUGUUAGAGAAAAUAACAGUAAAGNGGAUCAUACAUAG